AAAUUACAAACAAUUGACAGUGUUUGCAAGUGAAUGCAAAAAGUGAAAGUUUUUCUCUAAAAUAUCUGUUUGCCUUCCUAGUAUUUUUAAAUGUGUUACAUUUCAAUUUCCAGAUCAUGAAUAUAUUUGUUUAGUUUAAAAAGUUCAAAAUUAAUUUACAAAAUGUUGUUUAUUUUCCGUGUUGAUAUCGGGACCAUGAUAAACCUGGAGAUGAACCUUGCUCUAGAGACGGUUGCUCAUCUUCAAACAGCAAUAGCCUCAUACUGUAAUAUACCAGUGGAUAAACAGGUUUUAUUAAUAUCUGGCGGAGAAUCCCUAGAAUCGAAUGAGCGUGUGUGUAAAUAUUCGGCCGGAAGUUCAGAUUCCAAUCCUAUAUUUCUCUUCUCCGUCUCAACCCUUGAGGGAUCCCAUCCUCCCGUCCUCUCCGACACCUUCCAGGAGCGGGAUCUCCAACCCGAGGUGGAGUCUAGUCUCUCCCUCCCGGAUACUCACAACUCCGUGAGUGUUCGAACCAACCUGGCACAGGAGUAUGUCAAGAUGUCCCGGGAGCAGGUUCGCUGUUGUGAACGUGAGAUACAUGACCAGCAUCUGCAGCAUCAAGGUUGGGCCGCUGCCCUUGCCAACCUGGAGGACAGUGUUCUCGCCAUUGAGAAGAGAAACUCCGCCUUUAUCGAAGCUUACAAUAAAUAUCUGGAGAAACGGGAACAUUACAGACAGGUUAUCGAAACUUUCGACGAUGAUAUUCAUAUACUCAACAAGAUACCAGUCUUGCCGGCCCUCAUGGACGAUUUGGACUCUGGGAACGAGACGAGUACGCGGAUGGACGUACGAAAGAACGGAAGUUAUCUCGGUAGGUCGGACAACACAAUGAGUUUGUUAGAUUGGAUAAAUCAAGCUGGGAACAGUAGUCUGGAGCAGGUUGCGGAUAGUUGCUACCGUUCCUUGGAACAAAUGGACGCCGCGUUCCUGGAGAGUAAAAAGUCUCAGAUUUUCAGCUGUAUUGAGGGGGCUAACAAUCAGCAGAUGAAAGAGAUUGGUGGACUCGGAGACAGAUUAUCUGGUCUGGAACAACUACUUCUAGACGCAAAUAAAAAGGUUGCGGAGCAGAAGGAUCUAGCCGCAGCGUUUCUACAGAACCAAGCCCGGGCCAGCGGACUCAAGGACACUUCCAUUCUCCCGGAUUUAUGCGCUAGUCACAAGCAACAGCUGCUCGUCAUGAUGCGGAAUCACCAGCAUAUCGUCUCCAUAAGGAAGCGGUGUGUCAAAGCAAAAUCUGAGCUGAGUCACAACGUGUACACGAGGUUGAAGUGGGUCAUGUACAUACAGCGCCAGAUGGCCGAGCAGGGUCAGCAGCUCGUCUUAUACUACGAGGAGCUGAAGAGGUUGUCCCGGAGAUUGGAGGUCUUGGAACAGCUCCACCUCGCUCCAUCCAUGUAUGUUGCAACCGUCGUUGAGAUCGUUCGUCGCCGAUCCUUCAGUGAACAAUAUCUGCGUAAAACCUCCAUAUUUGCGUCAAACUUCUCCUCGGUCUACAAUGACGAGGUGAAGGUGCGUCAAGCUUUUCAAGAAAAAAUCAACAAACAUUUCCUAGCGACCAUGUUUAAAGGUAUGGGGGAUUUACCACCUCCCUUUGCUACCAAGGGACCAGAUACGUUUGACGAGAAACUUCCAGCCUUGAGUCUCUCUGAUCUUGAAACCUUGAGAUCUCAGCUCCCGGAGCUAGCGGAGUCUUUAUCCGUCCCGGAUACUAAAACCCUUUCAAACCUUCUCACAAGAUCAUUCACACAGAACUUGACACAAGACGAAGACAACGCUAUGCAAAAUUUACAAAAUAUGACAAACAAAAUUAGCAUUAAUGGAAAUGGACUAGGAAGUGUAAGUAUGAUGAACCGGAUGUGCUUUGAUCCUGUAAACCGGAAAAAGAAAGAUAGACUUGAAGCUCUGGCACUAAGCCGAGAGCGGGAACUAGGAUCUGAAACGGAUUCAGACGAAGAGAAUAUCUCCAAGGGUAAAAGCAAGCUAUCCAGGAAGAUGACCCGCUCCCUGCCUAGCCGAGGGGAGACAAGGUUGACCCCUGUAAAGAACUCCCUUGACCAGGAUCAGAGCAGGGAUACGGUGAGCAGCUCUAGUGUAGAUCCCAGCAGUUCCUGUGUAAAUACUAAUUCUAGUAAUGCUCCCUCAUCAGACGGUUCCUUGCUCAAGCAGACAUGGCCCAGUCAAACUCAGAUGGAUGAGAAGGCUCGUGAGAUAGAGAAACUGAAUCUACUGCUGGGGAGUGCAGGAGAGGAGAGGGAGAAGGUUGAGAGUAGAAUUGCAACAAUCCUUGGAGUCUCAGGGCAGGGUCUUACAAACCUUAGAUCGGAGCUAAACCAUAUCAAAACUCAGGUUGAAGAAGAGAGGAAGGAUAUGCUCACCCUACUCUCCGAUAUGAGCAGCAAGCUGAUCCUAAACCUCCGGGAGCUGGAGGCAUUGCAAGGUUCUGAGUCAGAGCUGAAGAUAGAGAGGAAGAGAAGGGAGGAGGUAGAUCAGGAGCUUCAGGUUGUCAGAGCCAAGCUGGAGACGGAGGUUAAUAAACUUGAAGACUGCAAUAACGAGAUUAAUAUUUACAGGCAUCAACUGCAGGAGUUGUCCUCCAGCUUUGACAAUCUCCAGGUGGAGAUGAAGGAGGAGAAGGUUCAGUCUAAUAAGGUUCUGAAGGAGACGGAGGAGAAGUACUCCAAGAUGAUCCUGGAUCUGAAGACUGAGCAGGAGGACAAGAUGAGAGAGCUGAAGCAGAAGCUGGAGCUUGAACAUGAACUGGAGUUUGAUAAUCUUAAACAGCAACUAGAGACUGGAGAGCUGACAAAGUUAGCAGAUGCUGAAGAGCAGCUACGGAAGCUGAAAGCUAAAGUUAAAGAAUCCGACCAACUCUCUGCAGAUUUACAAACUAAAGUUCAGCUCAUGGACAUCACAAACGAUGAGAGGAUCAAGGAGGAGAAGGAGAAGAUCGUUCAGAUCCUCGAGGCCGGGUUUAGCGAACGACAGAGGCUGGCCAUAAGCGAGCUCGAGGCAAGCCUCAAAGCUAGCCAUCAGGCCGAACUUCAAGAAAUACAGGCCUCCAACAAUGAAGAGAUGUGCGCUAGAUUAGAAGAGCUUCGACAGAAAAUGAUCGACUCGAGUCAGACCAAUCUCCAGCGGGUGCUGGAGAGGAAGGAGAAGGAUUGGCAGGCGGCGCUCAAGCAGAGAGAACUCGAACUCGAGGAAAAGUUCGCUGAAGAGACAAGACAAUUUACGCUGGUAAAGCAAAAAGAAAUGGAUGAUGUUUCGGAAAGAAUUCGGAAAAAGUCCAAGAUGGAUUUGGAUAGUUUAAGAUCAAGAUUUAAGAUAAUGCAGACCACCGCAACAUUGGAUCGAAGCCCUUCCGUCUCAGAAUCAGAUUUAUCAUUUGAGGAAUUGUGCGCGGCAAAACAUCUGCUUCCGGUCAGGAGACCACGUUGUUAUUCUACAGGAGAAUCAUUUAAGAGCCCCCGCCCUGAGAGCACGGAGACAGACGGAAAACUGGAGGAAAAAUAUAUCCUGGAGCGGGGAGCCUGGGAGAGGGAGAAGGAGAAGCUGGUCCAGAAGAUCGAGUCCAUGCUCCUCCAGCAGAAAGAGAACGAGCUCAGGUUCAAGGAGGAGAAGGAGGAACUGCUCCGUAAUAUAGAGAUUGUACGUAAGACUGAGAAGACCCGAGGAAGCGCCGAGAAGCAGGUUAUCUUCAACGAGGCCUUGAAGAAGACUGUGGAGGAGAAGGAUAGAGUGAUAUCAGAGUUAGAAGCUCAGCUCAACCAGAUCUCAGGCAGGGGGCAAUCAAACUCAGCAGACUUAGAGUCACAGUUAGCUCAGGUCUCAAGAAAGAACGCUCAGCUAGAAUCUGAACUACGGGAGGCAAACCAGAAGCUAGCAAACUCCAUGCUGUGCAGUAUAGCGGUGGAGACAGACGAGAGCUUGAAGCAGCUGCAGGAGGAGAACAGGCAGCUCAGGGACCAGCUCACCCGAUCCAUGACCUCCCUCAUCACCACAGGGAAGGUGAGCGUCCUGAGCGCGGAACGGGGUGAGAUCGUUCUCGUGGUUUGGUCCGAUGUUUACUCCAACUACUCAAUUUACCACGAGGGAUCAAUCCUUCACUUUCUUCACACGGAAAGUGUGGAAAGUUUGGGACUAAGUCUUGAGCGCGGAGUGCCGCGUAAGAUUCAGAUAACUGCGGAAGUUGUGGAGAAGGAGUACUGUCAGGCGCGCAAACCGGAGAACAGGUUCAGAGUUCCUCAGGGUACAAAGUUCUACAGAGUCAAAUGUAAACCAAUUGAAAAAGAUGAAAUUAUAAAAUCAACGUGAUCAGCAUUCUUUCUUACACAAGCUUUUGUCUUAUUUUAGAUAAUGUAAUAAUAAAUUUACUGCAGCGGACAUUUUAAAUAAAUAAAAAAAUAUUUAAAAGUUGAUAAUCAUGAAGCCAUAUUUGUGUAUUGUGCAAAUUCACUUUUUAUUAGUUUGUUAAAAUUACUGCCGUAAAGAUGACAUAAGUGCUAAUAAAAAGAUUAUUUGUACACCCCAGCUUUAGUACUGUUAUUUUAUUGUAGAAUAGAACAAAAUACAGUCAAAUUUCAGUCAGCCUAAUGUGCAAAAUCAAUAAAAAAAUUUUAAAACCAAAUAAAUGCGAUAAAACCCACAAAAUAUAAAAUGUUAACUUUA